AUGGAUGGAAUAGACGAAAUAGACUCAUUAUUGCAAUCUUCAUAUAACAUGAUGAUGCUAACAAAGCAAGGAGAAACUCAUUUGGACAACAUGCUGAAUAGAGCACACCGGGUCGCCUCUCGGAUUUCAUCGAUGUACAAAUAUGAGAAAUUGCUGCAAGAUAUGCAGGAGCUGACUGUGAAUGGGAAUAGGAGAAAACUAAUUCUAAAUGAUCUGCAAAGAGAAAACAAACAAAUUAUGGCAUUACAAGAUGAGAACCGACAGUUGCGUGAAACUACUGAAGAGUAUUUGACAGCGAUGCGAGAUAUUCUGGAGUCACAUGCCGAGCUCGAAAACACUAUCGAAAUGCAACAAAAUAACAAAGAAGUUGAUGACAUCGACAACCUGAUCUAUGAAAUGGCUAACACCAACCUGGAGACUCGGCUAAAAUUGAAAGCUUUAAAGAUGCAGGAAAUGAUGGACGAUUUGGAAAAAUUACGGAGGGAAGAAUAUCAAGACUUGCAGCUGGUCGUACAGUCGAAUAAAAAUUACAAAGAAUUGUUCAAAAUGGCAUGUUUCUCUAAUCCGUCCGCACUCUCUGUGUUGAGAACAGCCUUGAGAGCUGUGAACGAAGAUGGCCACCCAGCCUGUAAACCAGAAGAAAGGCUCGUGGAGGAGGACGAGGCGGACAACUUGAAUGAAACCAUUAUCAAGAGAACCUGA